CUAACAUUUUGUUAAACAGGGCUGGUGAUGGGUUCAAUCCGUGGUAAGGGGGAUGAGGAAUUCUCUUACAUCCCAGAGAAAGGAGAGAUUGGGUUCAUUGAUUAUGAUGAUGAUAAAUCUGUUUGUGCCUAUAAUCCAGAUGAAGAGGGUCCAGUGGUGAUUUCUGUUCCAUUCCCUUUUGUUGAUGGAAAGCCUCGAUCUAUCACUGUAGGGGAAACUGCUAGUGAAGCAAUCACCAUUAAGAACACCACUGAUGAACCGGUAGAACUAUGGAAAGUUGAUAUUUAUGACUCAAAUCCUAAGGACUCAUUCACUAUUUCUGUGAUGGAACCUCCAUCAGCAACUUCAGAUGUGGAGCAUGUCCAAGGAUUCCUAGAGUUUUUUUCCUUGGAAGACAGAAUUUUACAGCCUGGUGAAACUAUGAUUGUUUGGUUAUCUUGCAAACCUAAGGAAAUUGGGGCGCACACAACUGCUGUGCAUUUUGAUGUAGGGGAUGACAAGAUUGAACGUGUGGUUUUACUUUUAGCUGAAGACAAGAUUUGCAGAUCUUUGGCAUCAAACAAACCAUAUCAUAGAGAUAGGAAAAAGAAGCCGUUGGUUGCAGAUACAUCCAUUCGAGAUGCAUUUGUUGCGGGUGAACGCAUUCCAAGGGCUUCAAACCGGAGAGGGUUCAGAUAUCGGCUUUCUCCAUACCCAAUCCAAAAGGAUGUACAAGAAUCAGUGAUGAAUAAAACGAUCCCUGAUGCUAUUUCACAAGGCUUAACAAGAGAGAAUUAUUUUGUUUUCUUUAGUACUCUGUUGAACAUGGAAGAGAUAAAAAUUGAGGAUAGCAUGAGGGGUUAUGAUAUGGAGAACGUUUCUUUUGGGAAGAAGGGACAAUUUUUGACCCUGGAAGUUCCAGGGCUAGCUGAGAAGAGGCCUUCGCUUGUUAAUGGAGAUUUUAUAUUUGCUAAACUUGCCUCUGAAUAUGCAAAUGAUGAAACUCUUCCCUAUCAGGGUAUUAUCCACCGAGUUGAGGCUGAAGAAGUACAUUUGAAGUUUGCCAAUAAAUUUCACUUUCAUCAUAAAGCUGGCAACCUGUAUAAUGUGCAGUUUACUUAUAACAGGCUCAACAUGAGAAAGUUAUAUCAGGCUACCGAAGCAGCUGGGCAGUUAGAGACAGAACUCCUCUUCCCAUCUGAUUCAACUAGAAAGAGACAUAUUCAACCUGCUCAAUUGGCACCCACAUCUUCUAUUCUUAAUGAGGAGCAGGAGCAUUCUGUUAAGAUGAUUCUGGGCUGCAAAGGAGGAUUGCCAUAUGUGAUCCAUGGACCUCCAGGAACAGGCAAGACCGUGACACUCGUAGAAACAAUUCUUCAACUCUACACAGUGCGAAAGGAUGCCCGGAUUCUCGUUUGUGCACCCUCAAAUAGUGCAGCGGACCAUAUACUAGAGAGCUUACUUGACAAAAAGGUUAUUGCAAUUGAAAAGAAUGAUACACUUCGGCUCAAUGCACUUACUCGAUCUUUUGAGGAUAUUAAUCCCGAUCUUCUCUGCUUUUGUUUCAUUGAAGAGUCAACCUUCAAGUGCCCUCCACUCAAGGAUUUACUGCGUCGCAGAAUCAUCAUAUCCACAUAUAUGAGUGCAUGUCUUCUUUAUGUUGAAGGUGUCAGGCCAGGCGACUUCUCUCACAUCUUAUUGGAUGAGGCAGGCCAAGCUUCAGAGCCAGAAACCAUGGUUCCACUAUCCCACUUUUGCAAAAGGGGUACAGUGGUUGUUCUUGCUGGAGAUCCGAUGCAACUAGGUCCAGUAAUUCUCUCCAAUGAAGCAGAAACUUGUGGAUUGGGAAUGUCUUACUUGGCAAGGCUGUUUGAAUCCACGUUUUAUGAUAUUGGCAAUAGAAAUUAUGUCACAAAGCUGGUUCGGAAUUACCGAUGCCAUCCAGAAAUUCUGCAUCUACCUUCACACUUGUUUUAUGGAGGAGAACUAAUAGCAGCCAAAGAUGACACCCGCCCAGUGACUUGGGCGGACCUCCUUCCUAAUAGCAAAUUUCCCAUCCUUUUCAUUGGCAUCCAAGGGUGUGAUGAGAGGGAAGGAAAUAAUCCAUCAUGGUUUAACCGAUUUGAGGCAAGCAAGGCAGUGGAGAUUAUUAAAAAACUGACAGAUAGGGGGUUGAAUGCGGAAGAUAUAGGGGUCAUAACACCUUACCGACAACAAGUCCUAAAAUUGACUGAAGCCCUUGAUAUGUCGGGUGGCUGUGGUAUCAAGGUUGGCAGUGUUGAGCAAUUCCAAGGACAAGAAAGGGAAGUCAUUAUCGUGUCGACUGUCCGAUCUACAGUCAGGCAUAAUGAAUUUGACAGAAACCAUUGCCUGGGGUUCUUGAGCAAUCCAAGAAGGUUCAAUGUUGCCAUUACCCGUGCCAAAUCAUUGCUGAUUGUUAUUGGGAAUCCACACAUCAUUGGCAAGGAUCAAUACUGGCAUAUGCUUUUAUGGCGUUGUGUGGACAAUGGCUCCUAUCAGGGUUGCACUCUCCCUGAAAGGCAAAACCCCACACAACAGACCAGUUCAGGAUAUGAAGAGGAGUACCCUGGGCAAAAUUGGCUUCCAGAAUACCCUCAGCCCUCUAAUGAAGUUGAAUUGGGGGAAGAGACCUAUCAGGCUGAAGCAAACACUCAGCCCUCUAAUGAAGUUGAAUGGGGAGAAGAGACCUAUCAGGCUGAAGCAAUCCCUCAGCCCUCUAAUGAAGUUGAAUGGGUAGGAGGGACCUAUCAGACUGAAGCAAUCCCUAAACCUUGUUUUGAUGAAGCUGAUUGGUCAGAUGGUUGGAAGGAAUAAUUGGCUUGAUUCUGUCUCAUCGUUCAGAAGUAAUUGGUUUGAUAAAAAUUGAGUGGUCAGAAUGAGGUUGCAGUGCUAGUUUUUGCCUUUCGUUCUUUGAAAACGUUAUAGAGCUGUGUUUUUUUUUUUUUUUUUUAUAUUU